AUGGCUGAAGGUGGCAUUGGAGAUUCUGGUAUUACACUGUCAGGAGCAGAAACUGUGGCACAGGCUUAUCGAGAAACUGUGCCACAGGCUUAUCGAGAAACUGUGCCGCAGGCUUAUCGAGAAACUGUGCCGCAGGCUUAUCGAGAAACUGUGCCGCAGGCUUAUCGAGAAAGGUCCCUCAACGGUACGCCAGGGUCCCUCAACGGUACGCCAGGGUCCCUCAACGGUACGCCAAGGUCCCUCAACGGUACGCCAGGGUCCCUCAACGGUACGCCAGGGUCCCUCAACGGUACGCCAGGGUCCCUCAACGGUACGCCAGGGUCCCCCUACGGUACGCCAAGGUCCCUCAACGGUACGCCAGGGUCCCUCAACGGUACGCCAGGGUCCCCCUACGGUACGCCAAGGUCCCUCAACGGUACGCCAGGGUCCCUCAACGGUACGCCAGGGUCCCUCAACGGGUCCCUCAACGGUACGCCAGGGUCCCUCAACGGUACGCCAGGGUCCCUCAACGGUACGCCAGGGUCCCUCAACGGUACGCCAGGGUCCCUCAACGGUACGCCAGGGUCCCUUAACGGUACGCCAGGGUCCCUCAACGGUACGCCAGGGUCCCUCAACGGUACGCCAGGGUCCCUUAACGGUACGCCAGGGUCCCUCAACGGUACGCCAGGGUCCCUUAACGGUACGCCAGGGUCCCUCAACGGUACGCCAGGGUCCCUCAACGGUACGCCAGGGUCCCUCAACGGUACGCCAGGGUCCCUCAACGGUACGCCAGGGUCCCUUAACGGUACGCCAGGGUCCCUCAACGGUACGCCAGGGUCCCUCAACGGUACGCCAGGGUCCCUCAACGGUACGCCAGGGUUCCCUAGCGGUACGCCAGGGUCCCUUAACGGUACGCCAGGGUCCCUUAACGGUACGCCAGGGUCCCUCAACGGUACGCCAGGGUUUGACAGCUGA